AUGUCCAGUGUGGUGGAAGAGGGGCCUGCUGAUCAGUCUCAAUUUGAAAGAAAUAAAAUACUCAUUCGAGGGCUGAGUGAGAAAACUUUCCCGGACGGACUGGUGAACUUUAUCGAGGCAAGAAGUGGCGGAAAAGAGGUGAAGGACGUACAGAUGCUGAAGAAUGGAAAAGCCUUGGUCACCAUGGCUGAGAAAAUCAAAGGUACGUACCUUUCAAUUGAAUUUGGAGAGUUAGCAGGAAUUUCUUUAUCGUACUUCGUUGAUCCGUUCGCGAGUUAUCGGAGAUGAAAGCUCACGCCGGCUCAGUUUCAUCCUCUCAGUUUUAAGCAAUGAACUUACUUCAAAUUAUAUGAAAUUAGCUUUUCAUUAAUUAAAACUGUUUUAUGCUUAACUAGUGCCUGAAGAAUUAAGAUGCCUUAUUUUAGGUGUCCCACCAUUUAAAGACAUUUUGAGUUUCUUCUCCUAACUAACAAAAUCAUCCAGAUCAAAGUAAUCAAUUUAUUUGGGAAUUGUACAUGUAUUUAAAUGAGUGUUGUUCCUCUCAGGUAGACUCCAAAAGUGGAGAUCACAUAAGAGAAACAUUUAUUGAGAAUGUAAUCUGUUUUCUUUAGAUUUCACAGAAAUAAAGACUAAAUGCGAGGAGAGAGGUCUAGAUGAUGCAAAGGUUUCCAUUCAACAAGUCCCGCUUUGCAAAAGCAUCCUUGUCACAGGCUUUUCAGACAUUACGCAUGAUUUUAUUGAACUGUACUUUGAGAGUCCUCGAAACGGUGGGGGUCCUGUGGAGAAGGUUGACUAUGUUCCUAAAAGUGGUCGAGCUGUGGUUGUGUUUCAAGACGCCAAAGGUCUGUAACUCAUUGAUCUCUAAGAUAUAAGUAAUUCCUUCAGGCACGAGUAAUCGUCAUCUGAUCCUCAUACAUGUGUAGUAAAUAUUGUUGCCCUGAUUUGAGCUGUACAUUGACAAAUUAGUAAUUGAUUGAUUAAUGGAUUGGUUGUUCAUUUGUUUGAUUGAUCGAUGAUCGAUUGUUUGUUUGAUUGCUUGAUUGAUUGUGUGACCUUCUCUGCCCCAAUAACCCCAUCGUUCUAAGUCUGUGCGUCUCUCUCAAGUUAAAGUGUCAUGAAGUGUUGUGAAACGACAAACAACUUCCUCAAGGAAAUUCUUGACACUUAGUUGCUUCAAUCAACAGAUAUGGAAAGGGUGUUAACCAGACAUGAAAAGAAACCUCAUAAGUUUGACAAAACCCAGCUGUCAAUUAAAGCUUACCGAGAGUUUCUAGAAGACGAUGACGUUGAUGGAGCCGAGGAUUCCGGUGACAUAGGAGCUACUGCAACCGGGGUCAGUGAAUCUCGAGUGAGCCAGAGGCCUAAGGAGACCCGAAAAGCUUGCUUUCAGAAGAAAAUUUCAGAUGUUCCCGAGGAGCGCUUAAUUUUGCUGCAGAAGAUAAAAUUUGCCGAGAAACUCCAAGAAGAGAACAAAGAUUUGAAGAUCAAGUUUGAUACUGAAGGUGAAGAAAUAUAUUUCGAAGGUCCCCAGCCGCAGUUUACUGAAGCAACCACGAAGUUCUAUCAACAAAUGGCUAAUAUGGUUGAGAAGAAACUGACUUUAUCCGGCAACAUUCUGGAGAUUUUCGUCUCAGAUGAAGGGCUACAGACUGUGAAAUGUGAGUUGGAAAGAAACAACGUGGAAGCAGUGUUCGUUGUUGAGAAAGACGCUACCAUAGUGGGGUCCUCAGCGGCGCAUGCAGACAACGCGGCGAGGCUCGUGAACAAGUUGACGGUAGAAGAGAAAAUUGAAGUGGACGAGAAAAGCAAGCAUUUUUUGAAGUCAUCUAAAUGGCUGAAGUUUUGUCACGAGAUGAACAAAACGACUGCCCGUGUCCGUAGGAACAACUGGAAUGAUGUGUACGUAGUUGGGUUUCGCGAUGAAGUGACCGAAGUGAUAAAGAAGUUAAAAACCUUUCUUGAAAACAAUUGCAUUAGGGAAGAACGUUUUUUGUGCACGUCUGAUUUUAUGCGAAGGUAUCUUCUUGAGCUACGUCAAGAAGAUCUUCGCACCAUAGAAAAUCAACUAAAAGAUUUUGUAGUGAGUAUUAAAAGGGGAAAAGACGAUGAUGAUUUUAUUAUUUCUGGAAACAUAGAGGGUUUGAAUCGUGUGGGAGAGAAGCUCGACGCUCUGAUAGAUUCUAUUGAGUUGAAAACCUUUGAAGCGAAACAGCCAGGCCUUCGAAAAUAUUUUGACAGUGGAAAAGGAGACCAGCUUGUAAAAUCGGUGGGAAAAGAUCAAGAUUGUGCCAUAGAAGUCAAGAAAAAUUUAGGUCGAGGAGGAAGAGACGAGGAGUUGCGCCUCGAAACCGUAUCCGACGCUUCUACCUCUUCAGGCGACAGCGACGAUGAUGCUGAGGAUGACCACCCUACUAUCAGUGAAACUGACUCGUCUACCCUGGUAAUAGCUCAAAGGCACAGAGUGUCCUGGAAACCUGGAGACAUAGGGGCAGAGAAGGUAGGAUUGACACUGAUUUCUAUACACAUGGAGAAUAUCUCACGGAAAUACCUUUGAGGAUCAUGUUGGUAUAUGAAUCGAUUUUAGUUCUUCACUUAGCUCUCGUCUGCUCUUAGACUGUGGUUACAUUAUUCAACGUCUCUCUUAUUGAGAGUGCCACGUCUGAUAACGACAACAGUCCACCAUUAAUAAAUCAUCAACAUUUUUUGGUUGUGUAUUUCAGGCUGACGUACUUGUCAGUUCUCUAGGAGCAUGCGAUCAAGCAAUCAUUGAUGCCGGUGGUCCUCAGGCCGCAACCCCCAACGUUGGUGACAUCACUGUCUCAGGCGGUUUUUCCUCAGUCAGUCAUGUGAUUCACACUCAAUGUUGUAAGUGGAACAACGGUGGAGGGGAGCCGGUAAGGACCUCUCUUAAAUACAUCGAAGAGUAAUCAUUGUUUAUAUUUGCUGUAAGAUUUUGCUAAACGAUGUUGGAUGCCCAUAUGGCGAAGCUUAUCAUUCUCUUGUAGGUUAAAGCAACUGGAGACUACUCAGGCUCGAUUUUAAAUAUUUCCGAUGUAGUUUACCUCACUCCUCUCCGAAUUCUUCGAGAAUGAUCAAUCGAAUAUUUAACGGCAGGAUUAUUGCAUAAUGUAACUUGCAACUUCUAAUAUCAUAUGAAACUCCUUUUUAGAAAUUUUGUAGAAUUGGUAAGAGCAAAGAUCUUGCUAGAAAAAAAAAACAAAUUGAGAUGUGAAAUUUCACUACUAAACUACUUUCUGUGAGGUUGUUAUCCAAACAUUUUUGAUCCUGAUCCCAAAAGAAAAUGCUAUUUGUGUAAACAUCCUACCUGGGGCCCUCUCAUUAUCCUCUGAAAAAUGUUAAUAAAGUUCAAGGUUUAGGUAACUUUGAUCCCCGGAAAACAGAUUCCAGGAAGACUAAAAAUAGCUUGAAGGGGAUUCAGUUUUUUAAUCUUUUUACUUUAAGGAGUGGCCAGUCAGUUUUUUCUCUUCCCAUUAUCAGUUCAUCAUCAACCAGAAUGGUGACGGACAGAGGUAAAAAAAUAUCAACGAGGGGAUAUUGCAUGACUUAAGGCCAAAUUUUGACUGCCAAGUUCAUAAGAAAUGUACGGAACACAGUGUGGAGAAUUUUUAUUGAGAUCACAUAGGAAUAAGGGAAUUUACCAGGUCCCCUCUUGCCACCAAAUUGUCCGUGCCACCAACAUUCAACAACUUCUAUUUAAUCUGUUGUAGACGCUAAGGGCCAUCGUUCAAAAGUGUCUGCAAACAGGUGAAACGCUUGGAGCCAACUCCAUUGCAUUUCCUGUCAUUGGAACUGGAAAACUACAAUUCCCACGUGAUACAGCGUCGAGAAUCAUGUUGGAAGAAACAGUCAAUUUCUGCCGAGCCAACCCUGAUUCUAAUUUACGGGACAUCCGAUUUGUUGUGUUUAACAAAGAUCAAUCAUUAACUGCCGCCUUCAAACAAGAGAUGGAAAAACUGCAACCCAAGCAAAUUGGCAACUCACAUUUGACAGUUGAGGUGGUAAAUGGUGAUUUGACCCAAGAGAACAGUACUGAUGCUAUCGUGAAUAUUCUGAGCACGGACAUGAACAUGAAUAACGCCGGAGACCUAAGCAAAGCCAUAGCAAGACAGAGUGGUCCACUUGUGCAACAAGAAUGCAACAAAUUGGGAAAGCAGCCUCCUGGAACAGCGAUAAUGACCAGCGGAGGUAAUUUACAAGUACCUCAUAUUAUUCACAUCAUUCCAGGCUCCUCAGAUAAGCAACAUCUCCAGCAAUGUUUGGAGGAGGGUCUUCGUGUGGCGGAUGGCAAUAACUUUCAAGCGAUCUCAAUUCCGUGUGUUGGCACAGGAGGAUACGGCUUAACCGGAGCGGACUCAGCCCAACUGACGUUCAAAGCACUAAACGCAUUCAGCGCCCGCUGUAAAAAUAUUCAAAAAGUAAGAGUAGUUGUGUUCCAGGCCUCUAUGAUGCAGGAGUUUCUACAAGAGCAGAAACAACCAGUGCAAGAUAUUGAAGAAGACAGUGACUCAGAGAAUGCAGCGGCUAGGCAAACCAGAAGACGCGGACAUAGGCAGGCACUAGGCCAAAGUGAUGAAUAUUCUGUAAGAAUUUCUGUGAUUGGCAAAGACAAGGUGGGCGUGGGAAAAGCCGUGGAAUCCUUGAAGAAAGGUUUCUCUGACGCUUGUACAAUAAAAGAAGUCGAAUGUGACGUCGUCAGUCAGCUUUCCGAUAAGCAGAAGGAUAUCCUGAGAAAAAAGGCUAAAGACUGUGACGUCAAACUUGAAAUUGAGGGUGACGCGGAUCGCAUUGUCGUUUGUGGUGGACCAACCGAAGUGGCUGGAAUAGUCGGGGAGAUCUGGAAAGAGAUCAACGAGAGGAUGAAGAAGAAACAGGAGGAAGAACAAGCGAAGUUGCUUUCAAAGAACGUAGAGUGGAGCUAUGAAAUACAGGGCAUAAAAAUAGAGUUUGCUCCGAAAGCAAAUGCCAAGAUUGAGUUGGCCCACAGCAGAGAUGAGCACACAGUGCAAGUUUCUCUACGCGCAGAAAAGUUCGUCAUCGACUUGAAGGGAAACUCUGGACGUGGACAAACGUCUGGUGAACAAAUAUCAUUGACAAGAAAGGUGAAGGGUGCUGAUGAAGGUUAGUUGCUAUGCAUCUCUUUUGAUGAAGAUGUUUCUAUAAGCUUAAGUCCGUAAGAAAGGACUAAGAGAUAUUUCAUGUCCCAGGGGACUUUUAAGGUUAUAAACAUGUUGUACAGAUUGGGGAUAUUCAGAAAAGCUACCCUAUAAUGUCUCUCAUGAGCUUCCUUGUUGAUCUUGUUUGUGUCUUGCUUGAAAAAUAUACUUGGAUGUUGAAAUUUGAUCUCGGUAGAUGGGUUUUCACUUCAACAUUCUAAUCUUUUGGUCCUUUCUGUAGGAAUUCCUCUACCAAAGCACUGGGCACCAAUGCCCGGGCAUGACUCUACUGUACAUAAAGUAAAAUUGCACCCCGGCUCCUCUGAGUAUCAAGAUGUCGUAGGUAAGUUUCAAGCUACAGCCGGUACGUUAAAAGUUCAGAAGAUUGAACGCAUACAGAAUCCUCAUCUCUAUCAGUCUUACAUGGUAAGAAAACAGAAAAUGGAUAAAGAUAUUGGAGGAAAUUAUGAAAGAGAGCUGUUUCAUGGGACGGAUGCUAAAAAUAUCAACCACAUCAACACACAAGGAUUCAACAGGAGCCUCUGUGGGGCUAAUGGUAAGUCAUUGAAACGCAAGGAAACGUUUUAUCAUCUCGUCACGGGGGUGGGAUUAAGGAAAAAUUUCGUCUGCUUAUGAGAAAUCGAUCCUCAGGCCUUCGGAUUUCCUCGUUCCAACGCUCUACCAUUGAGCUACAGACGCUUUGAUGAGCAGGGUAUUCAAGUUGCUAAUAUGUAGCACGCCUUCCACAUACUGCUAGGAUCAUUACUUUCGAAAGCUUCGCGUGAGAAAAAGGAGCAUUAAAGCAGUAUUUUCGAGCGAUUGGUCCUAAGUAGUUAACCCUUUACACCCUAGCAUCAGUAUGCAUAUUCUUCAUACUGUUCUUUAAACAUUUCCUAGGGUGCUGAAACAGAGAAUUUGUUCGCUAAUCAAAAGGUUCCUUCUUUGGUGACCAUUUCCUUUAUUCUCAUGACCUUAAUGUGCGAUUUAAGAUUGUUAUUGCAGGGAGAAAUUAGAUGCUAGUCCCUCUUAGGGUUUAAAGGGUUAAAGCAUUUUUUUGGCUAAACUAAUGAUGUUUUGGCCACAAUUAUUUUCAUUUAUUUGUCUGCCUGUCCUACCAAGUCACUCAGACGUUGCACGAGCUCUGGCCGAAUAACUAUUUGGAACCAAAUAUGGUAAUAAAAGCUGUAAUAAUAUGAGGAGAAUCCAAUUGCCUCUUUCAUAACAAUCAACUUCACCGAAUGUAUGAUUUGUUGGUACUUUUUCUCUUAAUUAAGCAUUCUUUUUUUUCAGGCACGGUCUAUGGACGCGGUGUUUAUUUUGCUAGAGACGCUCAAUACUCUGUUGGAUUCGCUGGGGAUGGUAGUUAUGGAAGUCGCCACAUGUACCUUGCCAAGGUCCUCGUGGGGCAGUAUUGUGUUGGAGAUUCUUCAAUGGUUGUGCCUCCACCGAAAAAUCCAUCGAAACCUGAAAUUCUUUACGAUUCUGUGGUAGAUGACCAAUCAAGCCCCAGCAAAUUUGUUGUUUUCUUUGAUAAUCAGUGUUACACUGAAUACCUUAUAACCUUUUGAAGACCACAUGGACCUUUACUCAGAAAACAACAGAGUCAAAGGCCAAAAAGGCUUGAAAUGCUUUAUAGUUUAACUUAGCUUAUCAGCUAAUAGUAUAUAAAUUGCAGAAAAUCGUUAUCCUUCGCAGUAGGGAACAUCAUAUAAAUGUUGGUAAUAGUUUCUCGAUAGCAUUCUUUGCUGUCCUAAUUAAAGGCUUAUUCUUCAUCCUAUAAAUUGAAUCGUUGUCCCGUUUUCCCGCUUGGAAAAGCAAAGAGUUCUGCUGUUCUACAGUUAAGUUUUUAUAACGGUAUUUUCUUUUUUAUCGCCAGAUUGACAAAUAAUAUAUUUUUUUGCGUCAAUUUUCUACCCAAGAAAACUGGCGAAAGUAGAGAACUUCGAAAAACAUGCGUACCUUUUUGCUGCGCUUGAUGAAAAAUGACAGUGAAGUCGCUAUGAUUACAGUUGAUUUAUGGUGUAAAAGAUUCACUGGAAAGAUUCACUGGAAAUUCACUAGAAAGA